AUGUCCGACGAAGAAGUCUGGGAGCCCUUGACCAUGGUGGACUACAUCAUGCUGGGGUUUGUGGGGACAGUCCAAGCCUUUGCCCUGGGCGUUUGCGUCCACCUGUUGAGUUGGCGGCAUUGGCCGCCGUACGUGACCAAGAACGUCGACAUCGUCAUCGUCAUGACGUUCGGUGGCUUCGGAUGGACGAUUUCGGUUGCUCUGGAUAAUGGUCUAUUUCGGAGGAGCGAGGGCGACAUUCUUGCCAAGUGCUACCUCGAGAGACUCCUGGCGUGGCCGGCGCUAUGCACGCACAUGUUCGCAUUUUUCAUCCGGGUGUACCGGAUGUGGAGAAUUUUGGUCAAGCACGACGAAAACAUGUGGCCCGCAAAGUACCAGAUCAUGUUGCUCUCGAGCAUCAGCCUGACCCCGGCGCUAGUGGCCCUGCUUGUUCCGGGUGCCUACGUUUUCGACGAGACUGUUAACUUGUGCACCACUACGAGCACGUCGAGGACCGUGACUUUGGCGAUGAACGCCGUGGGGUUCUACACCAUAUGCUAUAUUUGGUGGCGGCAAUCUUACGUGCACGUGCCUGCAACAGGCCUCAUGCGUGCCGUGUGCGCUCUGGUGUCUCUUGCCGCCAAGACCAGGUUUGUGUGCACCCGUCAGCUGAGAUGGGUCCGGAAGCAGUUCAACGAGUACGAGACGAUGAAGUGGACCCUAUCAUGCCUGACUUUGCUCCUGUUCAGCUAUGCUGUCGUCGUUGUCGUUGUCCUGGACGGCCAACAUGUUAUUGUCAGAAGAGUGGCCAUCGUGUACCCUGCGCUAACGACGCACACGGUGUUGUGGGGCUCCAUCGGCGAGCCUGUGUUGAAGAAGUGGACGAGAGACGAGGAGUACCUGUGGUCGUUCACCAAGGGCUUCUCAGAUCUACCUUCGCCGGCGCAGCUCAAGGCUAGCCUCGCAGAGCAGCUGUCGGUCGAGCAACUCCGGGCCGAGUUUCGGAGAUACAUCGAGACGAAGGUGGCCCAAGAGCUGGUGGACUUCUACCUCGACUCGCUAGACAGGGAGGAGAUCAAGGAAUACUUUGCUAGACAGGCGGUAACGAUGCGCAUCGUGGCUCAGUACAUCAGGGAAGGGGCCCCUGACCAGGUAAACAUUUCGGGGGAGUGUCGAGAGGAGAUUUUGUCGACGCACGUGACGGCCUACGACAUCUUCGACCGCGCUAGAGUAGAGGUUCUGACCGUCAUGGAGACCAACUUCCAGAGAGAGUUCGUAGAAACGGAGGGGUUUCGCCGAAUCGUUGAAGCGUCCGAGCUGGAGCAGCGAGAAAACCGCCUCCUGCGGGCCGGGGGCUUCUUGCCGCCGGACACCCCGCCUUCGCUCUGCGGGUGA